AGACCGUGUAAUUGAAGCGAAUAAAAAUCGAAUAGCCGCAUGUGAGACGUCACCAUGAUACCAGGCUUCGUAAGAAACCGGCUGAUCCAAUGGCUGGAAGAUCAUCGCGAGUUCGUUGUAUGCGCGUUUUGUCUGCCUGCAUCUUUCCUAUUUACACUUAUCCUGCGCAUAAGCAACGCUGUUCGCAGACUGUCGAGCGAUCCUCAGAGACACGUCACCGCCGUCAGGAAGAUACAGGCCAGGGUCCAAGAAUGGAACAAGAUUCCGGACAAAAAGGGCCGAUUACUCUGCACAUCGCGACCCAACUGGCUCUCGCUAUCCACCACAUUUUUCGAGAAGCAUCUACACCAUCGAGUGCCGAUCCCUCUGUACGACAUACUAGAGCUGGAUGAAAAUGCUAUGGCUGUGAGAGUGGAGCCAAUGGUCACUAUUGGGGAUAUCACGGAGUAUUUGAUACCGAGGGGAUACUCUCUGGCGGUGACUAUUGAAUUGGUGGACGCCACUUUGGGAGGUCUCGCGUUUGGCACCGGUAUGUCGACACAUUCUCACAAAGCGGGCCUCUACCACGAAACCAUCACCAGUUACGAAGUGGUUUUGGGUGAUGGAUCACUGGUAGUAGCCACAGCUGAUAACGAAUAUUCUGACCUAUACAAAGCGUUGCCCUGGUCGCACGGAAGUUUGGGCUUUCUAGUCGCUUUGACCCUUAAAAUAGUAAAAGUGAAGCCCUAUAUAAAGAUAAAAUACACUCCUGUCAAAGGCCAGAAGAACUAUUGCGACUUGAUACGAGAAGUGUCAGGAGCGAAUCAGGCGAAACCAAUUUACUUCCCCGAUUAUAUUGAAGGCACAAUCUUCAGUAAAGAUGAGGCUGUCGUGAUGACAGGUGACUAUUCUGACUACGACUCCAAAAUAAUCGUCAAUCAUUGCUCCAGGUGGUAUAAACCCUGGUUUUACAAACACGUCGAAUCAUUUUUAAAGAAAGGCGAAAGCGUCGAACUAAUACCGUUAAGAGACUAUUUGUUGCGACAUAACCGACCCAUAUUCUGGGUUGUUGAAGACAUGCUUUCAUUCGGCAAUCAUCCAAUAUUCAGGACCUUAUUUGGCUGGCUUCUACCACCGAAACCGGCUUUCCUAAAGUUCACCACAACACCAGGAGUAAGAGCGUACACGUUUACGAAGCAAGUCUUCCAAGAUAUAGUUUUGCCGAUACAGGAAUUGGAACAGCAAAUCGAAAUCUCCACAGAACUGUUCGAGAAAUUCCCGCUAUUGGUUUAUCCGUGCAAAGUAAUCGAUCACGGUCCAUCGUCCGGCCAACUCGCUCGACCGCAAGCUAAAUACAUGGUGCCCGGUACUAACUACGCAAUGUACAACGAUUUGGGUGUUUACGGCGUCCCGGGCAAGGUCAAAGACAAGAAACCGUAUAACCCAGUUAAAGCGAUGCGAACAAUGGAACAAUUUACGAGAGACGUCGGUGGGUUUUCGUUCUUGUAUGCGGAUAUAUUCAUGACAAGGAAUGAGUUUGAGAAAAUGUUUGAUCUCUCAUUGUAUGAAGUUGUUAGGAAGAAGUACAGGGCUGAGGGAGCGUUCCCGCACUUGUAUGAUAAGGUCAAGCCGGAAAUUGACGUGUUCGCUAUUGGAGAAGAGAAUGCUAUAUCUGAGCAAUAGAUUCUUCUAGAACGUCGUCUAUUAAACAUAUUGG